AUGUCUUCGCCUGCCACGUCAACACCAGUAUCUUUACCUCUAACCAGAAGUACCAUUGCCAUUAAUCGGACCGGAAACUACAGUGUCAUCGAGAAAAUUACCCUCCCUUUGAGGCCUCACCCGAGCGAUAUCGUUGUCAAGACAGAGUAUUUGGGUAUUAACUUUCUGGACACGGUAUUCCUACUUCUAAGGCUCCAUAUUCGCAGUGGCGCAUAUGGGCAACCGCCUUUCCCCGCUGAACUCGGAAUCGAGGCUUCCGGGACGGUAGUUGCGCUCCCGACCGACCCGCGCGUCCUGAACAACCCAGACUACAAAAAGCGAGCAUAUACGGUCGGCUCUCGAGUUGCUCUCCUGUCUCAAGAUGGCGUCCACUCCGAUUAUGUGGCCCUGCCCUGGGAUUACGUCCACCCCGUUCCGCAAGAUGUCUCCUCGAAAGUUGCUGGCGCAGUCCUUCUCCAGGGGCUGACAGCUUUGUCGUUUGUCGAGGAAGCCUACCCGGUCAAGAAGGGCGACACUGUCCUGAUCCACACUGUUGCGGGCGGGACUGGCUUGAUGUUUGCGCAGCUUAGCAAAGCGCGUGGGGCCACCGUCAUUGGGACGACCUCCACUAAAGAGAAAGCAGAGAUCGCAAAGGCGCAUGGUGCCGACCAUGUCAUCUUAUACAAGAAUGAAAACACCGUGCAGCGCGUGUUGGAGCUGACAAAUGGCGAUGGGGUCGACGCUGUCUUCGAUGGAGUUGGCAAAGACACUUUCUACGCCAACUUCAAGCUGCUCAAGCGCAAAGGCACGUUUGUGUCACUGGGAGAUGCCUCUGGUCCGGUUCCGCAUAUUUCGCCGGGCAUGUUGGGUCAAAACAACCUCAAGUUCAUCAGAGCAGCAGUUCCGAAUUAUUUCGUGACGCCAGACGAGCGAUACCACUAUACGACGUGGCUGUGGAAAACCGUCCAGGAGGGAAAGUUGAAGGCGGUGGUCCACAAAGAAUACCCAUUCACGGCACAGGGAGCACAGGAUGCGCAUCGCGACUUGCUGGCGAGCAAGACCAGUGGCAAGCUGUUACUGAAAGUUGAAGACAACUAG